CAUCACACAUCCUCCAGCAAGUGAAGAAGUAGGGGAAGCAAGCGAACACACGGAGGAGUUCGGAACGGAGAGUUACGUGCAGUUACGGUGGCUCGUGUGGGUAGGUGUACGGCGUACCCGUCAAUGUUACGUCCGCGUGAUCUCUCGCCCUCGUCGCGCGUCGUUGAUUGUCAAGCAGCCCGUUCCAGGUGAACGCCUUCGCGAAGAUACACCGGGGUAGCGGAACAUGGUCGGUCCAGAAGGCUACGCGGUGACGCACUCGCCAACAGCGGGUAGUCGAAACUGAACGCGUCCAGGCGAAAAGGUAAUCCUUAUCCGCGAGAGAGAGACUCUCCCGAGCGCGUGCAUGCGUACGUACGUGCCAGCUAGCAGCCAAUCAGCCAACCGGAGCGUCGUCAGCAGAGGUAGCCGAGGUCUUCCCCCGUGGAAUCAUGGGCUCGCGGAGCAACGAGAGUCGUAACUCCGGGACGAAUCAUCAUCAUCAUCAACAGCAACAUCAUCAUCAUCAUCAACCUCAGCAGCAACGUUGCGCCCAAGACAUGGCCUGCGAACGCGCAGAGAACGACUUUGAGUUCCUGGUACCGCCCGAAGCACCGGUGUUCGAACCCACGAACGAGGAGUUCCAUGACCCUCUCGCCUACAUCGCCAAGAUUAGGCCGAUCGCCGAGAUGUCCGGCAUCUGCAAGAUCAAACCUCCGCCUAAUUGGCAGCCACCAUUUGCCGUGGACGUGGACAAAUUCAAAUUUGUUCCGAGAAUACAAAGAUUAAAUGAAUUAGAAGCUAAAACCAGGAUAAAGCUUAAUUUCUUAGAUCAAAUCGCAAAAUUUUGGGAGCUCCAAGGUUCAUCCUUGAAAAUCCCGCUUGUAGAACGAAAGGCACUGGACUUGUAUUCCUUGCAUAAGAUAGUCACAGAUGAAGGAGGCAUAGAAACUGUAACAAAAGAAAGAAGAUGGGCAAAAAUUGCCAACAAAUUGGGAUAUCCAUCUGGACGAAGCGUCGGCAGCAUAUUGAAGAAUCACUAUGAGAGAAUUUUAUAUCCAUUUGAUGUCUUCAAACAAGGAAAAAUAUUGUCAGAUAUUAAAAUCGAACCAGACUCGGACGUUAACGAGAAAAGGGAUCGAGAUUACAAGCCACAUGGUAUAAUAUCUCGACAGCAAAUUAAACCACCGAACGAGAAAUUCUCGCGACGGUCCAAACGAUAUUCCGGCCAAGAAGAAAAGCAAGAUGUAUGUAUUAAACAGGAGGACUGUAAGGAAGAAUGCGAUUCAGAUAACGAGUGCAAGGAAAAAGUUAAAAGCAGGUAUUUCAAUUUUGAGGACAAAAGCAAGGAACUUAAAAAGUUACAAUUUUACGGACCAGGCCCGAAAAUGGCCGGCUUUAAUACCAAAGAGGGAAAGAAAUCUAAUAAGACACGCGGCUUGAAACUCGUAUACGAUUUCGAUCCUUUGGCAAAAUACAUUUGUCACAAUUGCGGAAGAGGCGAUAAUGAAGAGAAUAUGCUGCUGUGCGACGGUUGCGACGACAGCUAUCACACUUUUUGCCUUAUGCCGCCAUUAACGGAAAUACCAAAGGGUGAUUGGCGAUGUCCCAAAUGUGUCGCCGAAGAAGUGUCCAAGCCUAUGGAGGCGUUCGGCUUUGAACAAGCGCAAAGGGAAUAUACGUUGCAACAGUUUGGCGAAAUGGCCGAUCAAUUCAAAAGCGACUACUUUAAUAUGCCUGUUCAUAUGGUUCCAACAUCACUGGUGGAGAAGGAGUUUUGGAGAAUAGUCUCGUCUAUCGACGAGGACGUGACUGUAGAGUACGGCGCUGAUUUGCAUACGAUGGAUCACGGAUCUGGAUUUCCGACCAAGACUAGCGUCAAUUUGUUUACCUGCGAUCAGGAGUACGCCGAAUCCUCGUGGAAUCUAAAUAACUUGCCGGUCCUUCGCGGCAGCAUCUUGGGCCACAUUAACGCUGAUAUCAGUGGCAUGAAAGUUCCUUGGAUGUACGUCGGCAUGUGCUUCGCCACAUUUUGCUGGCACAACGAAGACCACUGGAGCUAUUCCAUCAAUUAUCUACAUUGGGGCGAACCAAAGACUUGGUACGGUGUGCCUGGCUCUCAAGCAGAGCGCUUCGAACACUCCAUGAAGUCCGCUGCACCAGAAUUGUUUCACAGUCAACCUGAUCUGUUGCAUCAACUUGUCACUAUCAUGAAUCCUAAUAUCUUGACGCACGAAGGAGUGCCGGUAUUUAGAACAGACCAGCACGCGGGUGAAUUUGUUGUAACAUUUCCGAGAGCGUAUCAUGCAGGAUUUAAUCAGGGUUACAAUUUUGCUGAAGCUGUCAAUUUUGCACCUGCAGAUUGGCUGAAGAUUGGACGAGAUUGUAUCACGCAUUAUUCGAAUUUGAGAAGAUUUUGUGUAUUUUCUCACGAUGAGUUAGUUUGCAAAAUGUCAUUGGAUCCAGAUUCGUUAGACAUCGGUGUCGCAACCGCUACAUAUUACGAUAUGCUACAAAUGGUGGAGGCUGAGAAAAAAUUACGAAAAAACUUGCUGGAAUGGGGUGUGACGGAAGCAGAACGUGAAGCAUUCGAGCUUCUACCGGACGACGAGAGACAGUGCGAAGCAUGCAAAACCACUUGCUUCUUGAGUGCAGUUACAUGUUCGUGCCACAAGUCGCAAUUGGUUUGCUUGAGACAUUUUGCUGAAUUGUGUACCUGUCCACCAGAGAAGCAUACGUUGCGUUAUCGGUAUACAUUGGAUGAAUUACCGAUCAUGCUGCAGAAAUUAAAACUGAAGGCCGAGUCAUUUGACUCGUGGGCGACUAAAGUGAAGGAAGCGAUGGAUCCCAAGAAUGACAAGAUUGAACUGACCGAAUUGAGGGAGCUUCUUAAUGAAGCUGAGAAUAAAAAGUUUCCCGAGAGCGAAUUGCUCACGGCUUUAACCACCGCUGUACAAGAUGCUGAGAAGUGUGCGAGUGUUGCGCAACAGCUGUUGAACAAUAAACAGCGCACAAGGACUAGGCAAUCAGUUGAGACCAAGUAUAAACUCACUAUAGAAGAAUUAACACUUUUCUACAAAGAGAUAUCCAACUUGUACUGUGAACUCAAAGAAUCAGAUGGGGUAAAGUUUAUACUCGACCAAGUGUUGCAGUUUCAAAAGGAUGCGGAAGAAUUGGAGGCCAACGAAGAAGAUUGUGAUGUUGAGAAAUUGAAGAAAUGCAUCGACUUCGGGGACUCUAUCUGCAUUGAUCUGCCUCAACUUGUACUAUUGAAACAAAGAUUAGCGCAGAUACAGUGGUUAGAGGAAGUAAAAGCCCUCCAGGACAACCCGAAAACUGCCAGUCGCGAAGAGGUGACAAAGUUAAUCGAGAAAGGUAUGACGAUACCGCCUCAUUUCAGUAUAGAAGCUACACUGGCGGAAUUGCACGCGUUAACGCAAGCAAUUGAUACGUGGGAGGAGAAGGCCAAGGUAUUUAACACGAAAAAUAGACGAACCAUCGCCGAUGUGGAAAAGUUUAUUCGCGAGGCGGAUGACGUCGAAGCGUAUCUUCCGAGUCUGGAUAAUCUUCAGGACAUGCUGAACAAGGCGAAGAAUUGGACGAAGCUCGUCGAUGAGAUACAAGGGAAAGAGAACUUUCCGUAUUACGACACUUUGGACGACCUGGUAAGGAAGGGUAGAAAUAUUCCGUUGCACCUGGACGCCCUUCCGAUGCUGGAAUCUACGCUCUCGCAGGCGAAGACAUGGAAGGAGAGAACCGCGAGGACAUUUUUGAGGAAGAACUCUCAUUAUACGUUGAUGGAAGCUCUGUCCCCGCGAAUUGGCGUUGGCGUUCAAGCGAUGAAGACCAAGAAGCAUAAGGGUGAUGAAUCUGUAGGAGCUGUUUAUGUCUGUGAUACGAAAUUGGAUGACUCCAGCAACUCGGCGAAUGUCGUUGCCGCCUUUAAGCUUGCGGAGCAGCGCGAGAUGGAGGCAAUGAGGAGCUUAAGGGAGAGAAAUUUGUUGAAAAUCAAAGACGACGUCGAAGAUUCCAAAUAUUGCGUCUGUCGGCGACCAAGAUUCGGCGUUAUGUUCCAGUGCGAGCUUUGCAAAGAUUGGUUUCACACAAAUUGCGUGCCUUUGCCUAAGACACCGUACAAGGGUAAGCCACCAGGUCCGAAGGACAUAAAGUUCUUGUGUCCAUGUUGUCUACGUUCUCGACGACCUCGUCUGGAAACGAUACUAGCUCUCUUAGUGAGCCUCCAAAAAAUUUCAAUUCGAUUGCCAGAGGGAGAAGCGUUGCAAUGUUUGACUGAACGUGCGAUGAAUUGGCAGGAUCGAGCGAGACAGGCAUUAGCCACUGAAGAGAUCUCGUCCAUAUUGGCAAAACUUUCUGUGAUGUCGCAAAAAUUAGUUGAAGCAGCAGCGAGAGAAAAGACGGAAAAGAUAAUUAGCAGCGAAUUGAAGAAAGCAGCAAAUAAUCCUGAACUGCCAAGGGUGCAAGCCAUUGCGCCUCUUAGCGGAGUGCAUUCAGACGAUAGCGCUCUUAGUACUGCUGAUGACGAUGAUGAUGUCAUUGCUAUGGAUGACGAACCAACGUGUAGUACUUUUAACAGUAAUGAACAUGCAUAUUCAUACAUCUCAAAAGUUCGGCGAAAAGGACCUCAAUCGGACGACAGCGGUAGCGAAUCGUUUGGCCUAUUAUCGUCAAACGCGAGAUUACGUUUGGAGGAACUGAUGAUGGAAGGCGAUUUGUUGGAAGUUGCCUUGGACGAGACGCAACAUAUUUGGCGUAUCUUGAGUCAUAUGAAUAAUCACAACACUAUGCGAAAGUAUAAAUCAUUCGAGGAAGUUCAAGUGAAUGCUAAUCAAGAGAGCAAGGACAUAAAGAAGCGUGGGAGGAAGCGAAAGGAAGAAUUCGAGUUGUUGAAAAAAAUUGGCCGACAGAAAAUCGAAGAGAAAAAUACAGUUAAACGAAACAAAAACAUUCCUAUCGUUAAGGAGAAGAGACAGAGCAGUUCGCCCGUUCCUAUGAAACGUGGGCCUCGCAAGAUUAAGCGUAAGAGUGAGGGCGAAGAAAGUCCAAGGAAGCGAGGUGGUAAUCGCACGAAAAAAACCAAACAAGAAAGCUCAGAUGAAGAGGAUGAUUGUGCAGCAGUAAACUGCUUGCGGCCUAGUGGUAAAGAAGUUGAUUGGGUUCAAUGCGACGGUGGCUGCGAAGGUUGGUUCCAUAUGCAUUGCGUCGGUUUGGAUCGCACAGAAAUCGCCGAGGAAGAUGAUUAUAUUUGUAGCAACUGUAAAGAAAUCGAUCAAAAUGCAUCGCCCCAGGGAUACCAAGGCAGCACCACCGACACUGAAGCGGGCGUCUAGAAAAGCGAUAUCCUCCUCGUCUCCUAGGACAGCUUCACUAGCCCACUUCAUGUCGUCUGUUAGUGUCUGCACCGAAAUUCCGGGGUGUUUGCGAUAAUUGUGACUCUCGAUCUAAGAACUCUCUCUCUUUCUCUCUCGCGAUAUGAAAUUAAAACAUGUUUACGAUUGUUUCUUACCGUUAUCUAAGAAACUAAGCGACAUUAUUCGAGGUUGUAUGUUUGUUUAUUUGAAUUACUGCUAUUUUACGAAACAGACGAAUACUUAAAGAGAAGUAAAGUAUCAUAUAGCAUAGUCGAGUUUACAAUACACAUUAUUAUAAUAAACGUUUUUCUUGUUAACAGUAGCUCUAUAUUGCGAUUAUAGGUUAAUCACAAUCAUUCUUUUUGCAUUUAUACCGAUAUAUGAUUAAAUCUUCAUUCACACGAAGAUAUAGUAGAAAUAAUAUUGUACAAUAUCAAUUUUUUUUUUUCGAUUAUACAAAAAUUCGAUUAUACAAAGAUAAAAGCGCCCGUUUUACGUCAUCUUCACGACUGUAAGAGUAUUAUUCGUCUAUAUGUAUGUUUCAUUGAAUUUCUUUCUCUACUUUUUUUUAAUUAAAAAUUACCAGUUUUGCGCGGACGAAUCACGGAUGAACCGUUGAUAUACGCCUUCUUCAUAAUUUUAUAUUAAUUUGUUUAGGUAAAAAGAAAAAAUAUUUUUACUUAUUUACUUAUAAUUUACACAUAUGUCGCAUCGCACUGUGAAUAUGAUCGAACAAAACAGUUUCCAUGAAAUAUCCGCAAUCACGGAUAAUUUAUAGAUGCUAUAACAGCACGAUCUAUCUAAGUGUGUAUUACCUUACCUUAUCUAUUGACAUUUGGGGAAUGAACAUAACUCCUGAAAUGGGAAUAUAUAUAUUAUAUCGCGAGUUGAAGUGAUCCGGAUGAUGAGUGAGAUCGUCGCGAAAACGUAUUAUCAUUAUAUUAUAUAUUGAUGAAU